AUGUUCGGUAUAGCACGAAGAGUUCAACUUCGACAUAAGAGAGGAGCCCCAAAAAUGAAUCGUUUGCUGUUCACUCUGACUGUUCUUGUGAUGAUGACUGCACCUGGUGGGUAAUGUAAAGCUUUGGAACUAAAGAAAUUGUAGAAUUACUCUACAGAUAAUGUUGUAGUUUCUUUGAUACUCAUUCGCGCUAAACAAUGCAGAAAGAGAUCAAACAAAAAUGGCAUCAUCUCAACUCGUCUUGUGUUUUCGGUUGCUUUAAUUUGCCUCUGUUAUAUAAGGGUUUCUCUCCAUGAUUAAAGGAAAGGAGGUCAGUUUAUAAAGAAACUGAGAUUUUGCAUCGGUGUGGGGUAUGACGAGAUUAUUUGAUUUUAUCAACUGAGCUGAUAAUGUGAACUUGCCACUGUAAAGAGUAUCUUAAGCUGACGUUUCGAGCGUUGGCCCUUCAUCAGAGCGAAAUCUCUCCGUAAGCCGAAGAAAAAUCCUUGCAAGUGCGGGGAACUUGAUGUAUUUCUAUUGGUAUGUGUUCAUUUGCGAUUGUGUGGGUAAAUCAUGCGUGGGAAGAAAUUAUAUUGAGUCGUGAACAGUCUUUUUAAUGGUUUAACUACAUUUUGUGUGGACUCGAUAGAAGACUGACGACGCCCACAUUUGGAACAGAACAACUGAGCGAGUAUUUCUUAAAUAGAACAGUAACCAUUUGUGUCUGAUUCCGUAAAUUGUGUACUGGGGUUGUUCAUUACAUUUGUUUUCAACAAAACUAACGGGUGAAUAUUCUUUAAGCCCAUUAAUGAAGAAGCAUAGAAUCUCGAUGCUUCGGGAUUAUGAACGACAAACAACAUAUUUCUUUGUUUUGCAUAACAAAAGAGCUUGUCUGUAGUUUCGGAAUGACUUUUCUAGUCGUUAAAAUCGUCAUAAUUAGCUUCUUUGAGCAAUAUUAGUGAUAAAACACAAUAUUUUAAAGAUAUAGUGUUUGGUUUGAUUAUGGUUAGCAAAGGUGACUACCAGGUUAAGAAAGCUGGAAAAAAUUAAAGAUGCAAGGAACGGUACGACAAUUUAUGGUUGAGGCUCCAUGACCGUAAACAAUAUCUUUAGUGUUUCGUGUGCACCCACCGUGACUGAACUAAUUUAUAGCAAUUUUCUUUCGGUUUGUCAGUCCAGAAUAAUGCUAAGGAAAUAUUUUGAAUGUUCGAAAUUUCCGGGGUCUCUGGGAUAACAGUUUUGUUAGUUUUAAUGAGUUAAUUCGAUGGUUUUACGAGCAUGGUACAGAUGAUUGUAGAGAUAAAACGUACUUUACAUCUGCAUUACAUUACAUUAUGCCUGAUGCAAUAUCCGAAAUUUUCCGGUUUUGGCGUAAGUUACGCAUAGGAGAGACAGAGAAAUCUCUAAGGCUCGCCAAACUUUCUUUCUUUCUGGCGAAAGAUUCAUAAAAGGAGUAAGGUGACUGAGUAUCAUGUUCUUUGCUGGUACAGUAAUGAUUAGCUAUUAUGGUGCCGUUUAUGGUGGCUUUUUUCUGUGUGGUUUUUACAUGAAUCACGAUACAGGUCUUCAUUCUAAACAAGGUGUGUUUCAAACGCUUUACUGCCUCAAGUGAUUGGGAAGCCCGCAAGAACUAGAUCACGCAAAGAAAUUAGGGGCGUAUGAUGAGCUAGUUGUCUUAGAAUAAGUUUUCUAAACGUUCAAAACCUAACAACGGGAUAUGAACAUGCUGUUAUUGAAUGAUUGAUCAUAUAAAUAGAUCACGUCGUGCUCAACUUACUUUACUCAAAAUCGAUCAGGGAAUAGAUAGCGGGUGGCUUGGCUAAUCAGAUUGUAACAUUUGUGGAUGCAAUUAGAUUGCAAUGAACCACAACAAAAAUAAUUUCUUGCGUUCCUCGAAGUCAUUCAGUGUGUAACAUUUAAGAUUGUUAUAUAUUUUUUUUCUUUGUCAUCAGGUUGUGCGUUGAAAUGCUACGUGUGCUCUGGCAAUGAAGAUACUUGCAGCAAGAGCAAACUGGAAGGUGACAAGGACACCUACUUGAAGGAAUGUCCUUCCGGCUUUGACAGGUGCGCUAGGAGUUGGUCUAAGAAAGAUGACGUGAACGCUGUGGGAAACUCCUGCGCCAAUGAAGCUGCCUGUGACGCAGCAGAUGAGCUUUGUGACAAGCUUAAAGAUACUAUCAAGGACUACAAGUGCGGGGUUGGUUGCUGCACUGACGAUGCCUGUAACGCAGGCUCGCCUGUGACCUUCAGCUUCUUCCUGUUGAUCGUCUCCUCUGUCUUGGGCCUAGCACUAAUGAAGUAG